AUGCUUGCUUAUACUAGUGCUGGUAUACCUGAUAAAUCUUGGCAACCUCCUGUUGCAAUUUUAGAAACAACAAUGGGUACUAUAAUCGUAGAAAUGUAUUGGAAUCACACACCAUUAACAUGCAGAAAUUUUAUGGAAUUAAUAAGAAGAGGUUAUUAUAACAACACCAAGUUUCAUAGAAUUAUUAGAGAUUUUAUGAUCCAGGGAGGUGACCCAUCAGGCACGGGAAAAGGGGGUCAAUCAAUAUAUGGCCCACAGUUUAAUGAUGAAAUUAUAUCAGACUUAAAGCACACUGGUGCUGGAAUCUUGUCUAUGGCAAAUGCAGGCCCUAAUACAAACGGCUCUCAAUUCUUUAUAACAUUAGCACCAACGCAAUGGCUAGAUGGUAAACAUACAAUAUUUGGCAGAGUACAAAGUGGAAUGUCCAUUAUAAAAAGAAUAGGCUUGGUGGAAUGUGACAAGAAUGAUUAUCCCGUAGAUGUUGUACGCAUAGAACGAGCUUAUAUACCUAAGUGA